AAAAACAUCACACGCUCAUCAACGCAAAACACACAACCAUCGCCAAUCGAAACCCAACAGACACAUACACAAGGAGCUCUCUUUGUCUCUGUGCGUGUCGUGCCACUUUGUGCAAUGGUUUCGUGGUUCGGUCGUGGCGUGGAGGACGGGUUUGAAACAGGGCCUCUCUGUCUCUGAAUUCUCAGCUUUUUCUUAACCUGUGACGACUUUCCUGAGAAAAUGAAAAGUGGGAGAGAAAGUGCAAGAAAGUGACGAAAAUGAGACGGCUGAUGCUCUUUCGAGGAGUUUUGUUCUGGGUCGACUUUCUAUUGUCAGCUUUUGGUGGCUUUCUCAUGUUUUCUUCUGGGUAUUUUUGGUUGUAUUCAUGACUUUUUAUGCGCUUCCCCUGCUUUUCAGAGGCUGUUAAUGGUUUCCCAGAAAUGUUUAACUGCUUAAAGAAGCUCUUAUGACUUUUGGCAUUCACAAAUGGUUAUUUUAUAGAUUUCUUAGAGUACUCCUGCAGUAGUUAGGCGAUGUUGUUGCUCGUUGCAUGGAAACAUCAUACUUUCAGAGAAGCUCCCAAGAUCUUUCGCAGUGACAAAUGGUUGUUCAGCUACCUCUCUGAGAGAUCACCCAGUAUUUGGCUCUGAACUGCAGUAAACCAAGCGCUAAGAUAGAUUUCUGUUGGGUAGAUUGAACUUUGUUGAUCUAAUUCCUGCACUCUGUUGGUUUAAUUCAACUCUUGAGGCUAACCUCCUUUGGCAGUGGAUAAAUCCUGAAAGAAACUUUGGCUUCGUUUUGGGGCAAAUCUCCUUUGGCAAAAGAGACACACACACACACGUGUGUGGAUGUCUCUCUAUAUAUAUUAUAUUAACAAGUGAAAGUUCAGCUCUGUUGGGCAAAUCUCCUUUGGCAAAGUUACUUAAGUUCCCUUUGGUUGGUUGAUUUUAUUCUGUAGCGGAUGAGAAGAGUUCUUCCGUUUAGUUGUCAUCAAUUUAUCUCGAACUCCAGCCUUGCUUCAGGGCAGAUCUCCUUUGGCAUUCUGCUUGCUAUUUCUUAAGCUUCACCUCGACCUCUGGGAAAGAUAUCAUCUGGCAGUUGCAAUUCCUUGAUACUUCUGCAUCUCCUUUUGAAGUUUGUCGUGGGAAAAUUUAUUCUGGUUGAAACUUCACUCCACCCAUCGGGCAAAUCUCAUUUGGCAUUUUGAGUCCACUGUUGACUCCUGUUACCCCUCUGUUGGGCAAAUCUCCUUUGGCAUUUGGAGUCCUCGUUGACUCCUGUUAUCCCUGUAGGGCAAAUCUUCUUUGGCAUUAGAUCUCCAGUUGUAGUGGUGAAAGUAUCCUAUUGGAAAUACUAGCACAUUAUCUGUAUCAAAUAUCAAGUGGAUAUCCAGCUGAAGAAUGGAUAUGCUCCUCAGUGACUCUGAUUGGGAGAGUUUUAGUGAGACUGGAAGUAGUGAGGAUCACGAGGAAAAUGAAUAUUUCUAUGGCGGACAUGCCAGUAGUAUAUUGUCUAGCCUGGAGGCUACCAUUGGGAAAAUUGAUGACUUUCUCUCGUUUGAGAGGGGAUUUAUAUAUGGGGACAUGGUGUGCUCUGUAAGAGAUCCAUCUGGACAAAUGGGAAGAGUGGUUGGGAUCAAUAUGUUUGUUGAUUUGGAGAGUGUUAAUGGAAAUAUGAUAAAAGAUGUGAACUCCAAGAACCUUUUGAAGAUCCGGUCCAUUUCAGUGGGGGAUUAUGUUGUUUGUGGUCCAUGGCUUGGAAGGGUGGAUAGAGUGGUUGACCGUGUUACUGUUGUCUUUGAUGAUGGGACGGAGUGUGAGGUCACUGCUGUUGAUCAAGAGAAGGUCUUACCCAUUUCUCCAAACAUACUUGAAGAUCCACAGUACCCAUAUUAUCCAGGACAGAGAGUGCAGGUCAGGCUUUCAACUGCUUCCAAGUCAACAAGGUGGUUAUGCGGUAACUGGAGGGAAAAUCAAGAUGAGGGAACUGUUCGUUAUGUGGAAGGAGGUUUGGUGUAUGUUGAUUGGCUUGCCUCUGUUCUCAUGGGAUGUGAUUCAAAAUUGCCUGCUCCUCCACGUGUGCUCGAUUCAAAAAAGUUGACUUUGUUGUCUUGUUUCUCUCAUGCAAACUGGCAACUUGGGGAUUGGUGUAUGCUUCCAGUUAGUGACCAUAAAGCUAUCAUGGAGCAGGCUUUUCAUAAUGCAUCUACUUGUGAGCUCAUUAACCAGCGCAAGAAAUCAGAAAGAGGAUUCAGGAGAAGAAACACUAAUUCAAAAUUUGAGGAAAUCUUUGUUAUCAUAAAGACAAAGACAAAAGUUGAUGUUGUGUGGCAAGAUGGUAGCCACUCUUUGGGAUUAGAUUCACAGACAUUAGCUCCAGUAAGUGUUGUAAAUGAUCAUGAAUUUUGGCCUGAACAGUUUGUCCAGGAAAAGAGUACUUGUGAUGAUCCACACUUGCCUAGUAGUCAAAGAUGGGGUGUUGUGCAGGGUGUGGAUGCAAAGGAAAGGACAGUAAAGGUGCAAUGGAAAACUAUCACUGCACCUGAAGCAAAUAAUUCAGAGGGAGAGAAAAUGGAUGAAAUUGUAAGCGCUUAUGAACUGGUUGAGCACCCAGAUUACUCCUACUGUUUUGGAGAUUAUGUGUUCAGGUUGGUCCAGAAUCAGUUUGAUGAACAAGCUGAUAAAAACUAUCCAAACACAAAGAUUGGCAUGAGCGAGGAAGCUGCUCCGAUAGACAAGAACUGUGGUGGGGAUCAAGACGAGUGCACUGAUAAAUGCUACCUAUCUCACAUUGGAAGUGUUAUGGGCUUCAGAGAUGGAGCUGUGGAAGUGAGAUGGGCUACUGGUAUUACAAGCACGGUGGCCCCUCAUGAAAUUUUCCGGUUUGACAAACAUGAAGGUUCAGCUGCAAUCCCUGCAGAAGAUGACAUUGAGGACUUGAAUCGAGCUAUGAUUCAAAAUGAAAAACAACCUUCUAACCUGAAAGGAAAGGAUUCAUUGAAUUCGGAUGAUGCCAGUAAAGGUUGCAAAAAGUACACAAGGGAGUCUAGUUCCUAUUUCCUUCCUCAAGCUGCUAUUGGAUUUUUCACAAGCAUAGCUGCGAAUCUUUUUGGAUCCCAUGAUUCUGCAUCACUUUCAGGUCCUUCACCAUCAGUCUGUAUUUCUGAAGUCGGAAAUGAAUCUGAGAUCUCCCAUGAGAAAGGAAUAGUGGAAACUUGUGACCUUUUCACUAAGCCACAUUCAACGGCUGAGCUGGAAAGAUUUGGAAAGAAAAUUUUGAUUGAGGAAGGCAAAGAAAUUGAGGGGAAUAGCCUUUCACAUUUAAAAGCCAAUGAGACUGCAGGUCAGUUCAGGCAAUUUGACAUGGUUUCUGAUUGCUCAGACCACAAUUUUCAUGGUGCCAGCAAGGAGUUAAUAUUAUCUCAGGUGAAAAGAGGCUGGAUGAAAAAGAUUCAUCAAGAGUGGAGCAUCUUAGAGAAAGAUCUUCCUGAAAAAAUCUAUGUCCGUGCUUUUGAGGAAAGGAUGGAUCUUCUGCGAGCAGUCAUUGUUGGUGCACCUGGAACUCCAUAUCAUGAUGGACUUUUCUUCUUUGACAUUUAUCUUCCUCCAGAGUAUCCUCAUGAACCGCCUUUGGUGCACUACAGAUCUGGUGGUCUCCGUGUCAACCCUAAUUUGUAUGAGUCUGGAAAGGUCUGUCUCAGUCUUCUUAACACAUGGGCGGGUACAGGCACUGAAGUUUGGAAUCCAGGGAGCUCCACCAUUCUUCAAGUUCUUCUCUCCCUUCAAGCCCUUGUGCUUAACGACAAGCCAUAUUUCAAUGAAGCUGGAUAUGAUCAGCAGGUGGGAAGAACUGAGGGAGAGAAAAACUCAGUAAGCUAUAAUGAAAAUGCCUUCCUCAUGACUUGCAAGUCCAUGCUGUACAUACUCCACAAGCCACCUAAGCAUUUCGAGGAGCUUGUGGUGGAACACUUCACUCGGCGCUCCCAAAAUAUUGUAAUGGCGUGCAAGGCGUAUAUGGAUGGGGCUCCGGUAGGAUGUGCUGUUGAUUUUCAGAAAACAGAAGAUAAACAUUGUAAGGGAAGCUCUACUGGGUUCAAAAUUAUGCUAUCCAAGCUCUUUCCGAAAUUGGUAGGGGCUUUCUGUGAUAAGGGAAUUGAUUGCAACCGGUUCAUUGGGCCAGAGAAAUGAACAUGGUGCAAAAGUUGUAAUAUAAAGGUAACCAAGCAAGACAUUUCUGUCAUGUGUAUAAAUAAGUCCAGACACUUUCAAUCUGUGUUUGGUGAAAGAUUGGUAAUGCUCGUGUGUAUUUCUGAGGUUGUGGUUGUUGUUGUUUGCCAAAAAAGAAUAAAUAAAAAAGAAAGAGAAUCUAUGGUUUGUUUGUAUCUGUGAAAAAA